AUGUCUUCCCAUCUCAUCCACGCUAACAGGAAAGAUAUGACAGCGCGUUCUUCAGCGAGAUAUUCGCCUCCCCCCCGAAAUAAUGCGCCGCCUGGCUCAAAUUCACAUGGCCCUCAACCGAGGAAUAGUUAUCAACCACAGACAGGACGGGAACGAUUUAGGGACAGGCCUUCCCAAUCCCGACACUAUCCGGAAUAUGAUGACUAUGAUUAUGAGUUUGAACAAAGUGGUGGUAGCAGCAACUUCCGCCCGCCAAAUCUCCAAUUACCACCGCGCCCUGCUCGUAAACAAACAACGCCACCUAAGAAUGGCCAAGACGCCUCGCAUCACCAAGAACUGCCGUCUGGUGCCGUCACAACGGGAUCUUCCGACACUCCCAUGCCAGACGUAAAUGCGUCUAUAUCCUGGCCCAAUGAAACAACCAAAAACUGUGAAGAGUUAAUUAGCCAGUUCCUGGAAUCCAUAACCGAUGUCUCCUGUCUGAAGGCCGAAAACAAUAAGGCAACUCUUAGGCUUGACCUCUGCAAGGAGAGAUAUAACAAAAAUAUCUGCCAUCAUUCAAAGUUCCCAAAUCUCAAAAUUACUCUCCAGAAUGAAGUUGAAAGGGCAAAAGAAAUAGUUGAUCAGAUUGACGAAAGAUUAGUCCAAAGAGAUAGCAUGUUGAGAAAGUUGGCAAAACAGUUAAUUCCUGUUUUGAUUCCUGCGGCCACAGCGCCUAGCAUUAAAGACAGUAAAGAUAGUGAAGAAAUAAUGUUAUUCGAAAGAUCCGAGAAAUCUAUUGCCAAUGUACAACAGCAGUUUCUCGAAUUACAGCGAGAACUCAGUCAAAUUUCAAACGAGCGCACUUCAAAGGAAUCAUUUAUGGAAAAACAAAUCGCACAGCAAAGUGAAAAGAUGCUGGAGAUCAUCAAAUCUGACUUAGCGAGGCAAAAAGAACUUACAGAAGUUAAAGCUCAGCUCCGCACCUUGAACAAUGAAAUAUCAGUAUUGAAGCAGGAUACAACUACUUCUCGUAAGGAAAUCAAAGCCUACAAUAAGAUCGCCGACGGUGCUGUAAAAAAUUGUAGCACUCUUGAGAAGCGUUUGGUACAAAUAGAUCAAAAAUUUCAAGGGAAAGUUGAGCAAAUCGAAGAUAAAAUUGAACCUAUUCAAUCUUUCAAAACCAGUAUUAAUAACCUUCAAGAAAAAAUUGAUUCCAGCUCGAAAGCCUCGGAGGUUGAUAAAAUUUCUGCAGCGCUCAAAGAUACAGUUGAUCGCAUAGAUUUACUUCCAAACACAGCAUCCUAUUCAACACUAUCGUCUAAGAUAGAGACUUUGGAAAAAGAAAAGGUACCAAAAUCAUUACUAAACCAAAUUUCAAAUCAGAUAUUAAAUCAGAUUACAAAUCAGCUGUCCAAGCAGAUUUCUACACUUGCAGGUCAAGAUAUUCCAAACCGCUUAAAGGUUCUUGAGAACAAAGCUUCUGUGGAAAUAGAAUCACAGUCACUGAAUAGGUCUGACAUUAUGGCCAUGGAAGAAAAGAUGGAAUCAAUAUCCAAGUUGAUGGCAACAAAUGCUAGCGUCCAGGUAAAACAUGACGAGCUUUCGAGUGUGCGUACAACUACAGAAGAGCUGCAAAAAACACUAACUACGGUUCAAGCAAAACUGACAAUCUUGCAAGAAAGAUCCCCUGAGAUGCCACUGGCUGGCAUUCUAGACGCGAGUUCUGAAAAAUUCGUGGAGACUAAAAUUAUGAAAUUUCUUGAAGAUCCCUCUAAAAAGAUAAAAGAACUUUGCGAGCUUUUUGCCGCGACCAAUCAUUCUCUGGGGAAUUUAACUGCACGUGUAAAUAAUAUCUCAACUGGUCACCUAGCUCAAGCAAUUCUGGGUCGACUUUCAGAAACAUACCCUCAUAUCCAAAAUGUAGAACAGCUAUACGUAUCUCAUGGAGUGAAGUUACGUGAAAUCGAAUCUAGAUUGGAUAGUCUUGGAAACCAAGAGGCUAUUGACGGUCAAUCUGCUCUCUCAAAUCUCAAUGCGAUAAAACAUUUAAACUUGGAAGUUGAAAAAAUUUGGGCCGAUGUUCUGAAUGCAAACUCAAAUAUCAUGAAGUUAGCUUCUGCUACAGAUGAGGACCGAAGAUAUAUUUCCGAAAAGCUCACAACUAGGCUAGACAGUCUUGUAGACUCGUCGGAUCUCAACAAUCACAAGAACGAGCUUUUCUAUCAAGUUAAAGGUCUAGUUGAAAGGGGAAUUGAAGAAUUCAGCAAAAAAAUAAUAGCACCUCAGCUAAACAAGUUAUCAAAGACCUCAACACUAGACGCAUCACUAGAAGCCAGCCUUGAAACCCGGAUUAAAACUCGUGUUUCUGAGACCCUACUUGAGAAUGAAACUGCACUCUUCGCAAAAAUCGAAGAUGACAUCGCUGCAUUAAAAGAUAUACUUGAGGCUCAGAUGCAAAAAGACCUUCAGGACCAGAAGAAAGAGCUCGAAGAGCUCGUCAUCGCUCAAGUUGAUAGAAGCUUAGUCUCUAAGCGUUCUGAUCUAGUGAAAGAGCUUUCUAGAAGGGUUGAUACUAAGAUUUUCAUUGAAGAACCCCGGGCUUCACCUGCCAUCGGUAGAUCAACCCCUGUAUCAACACCAACUCUAAUCUCCUCCAAAACUCGCCGUCAAUCCUGCGACUCCAGCAUUUCGAAUGAGGUCAGCAAAUCAUCAUCCACAAACAAGCAUGCUGCCGAAAACUCUAUUCAAGAUUCUCAAUCUAGCAGGAGCAAAAAAAGAAAGCUUCAAAACGCAAGAUCCUCAAAGCUCAGUUGUCUCAGAGGAAAUAGUAUUCCUGCUUUAAAGAAAGUAGCUAGCACUCCCACAGCUGCCUCCGAAAGGAAAAUGCGUUCUGAAACUCAACCCGACGAUAACACGACCGACAAAGCAAAGCACAAAAAAAAGGAAUAG